ACACUGCAAGUGCCCAAAAACCAACCAAAUAAGUUGACAAACCAAACAUUUCAUCAGCCAAUAAUCCCAUGACCCAUCACCUCUCAAGUAUAUCUACCGAUACAUCCCUCUUCUUCAUCUCCUUUUGCAGCUUUGCUUAGUUUUUAUAUAUAUAUCCUUCUAUUAUUUUGGUUAUUAUUGAGUUUGUUGGAGAUUCGAAAAUACUCUUCCUACAUUGAUUAAAUCUCACGCCUUAUUGUUUGUGUCAUGGAAUCCAUGGUUGAAUGAGUGAGGAGACUUAGAGAAGGUACUCAUGUUGCAAAUGUGAUUUCGAGAUUCCAAUAUGAGAGAAGUCGAGAGAAGUGCCUAAACAGACGGUGAUGGCUAUGAAGUCUUACCAAAACCAGGCUCAGCUGCUGGUUAAGAACUACUUAUUUGCUGAUACCUACAUUCCAUACACUUCCAUCCUGGGCGGUAUUCUUGCUUGCAAAGCGGUAUAUCGAGUUUUUGCGCUAAUAAAUAUGUUUAUUUACAUAUUGGAAUCUCAGGCCUUGGUUUCCUUAUUGUACAUGCUUCUCCUCGUUCCUCAGGCCUAUGAUCUUACUCAGUUAAUCAGCCGUUCUUACUGCAAGACUUACGGUGGUCUUACCAAAAUUCAACGAUUAGAGUGGAACAAUCGUGGCAUCUCUACAGUUCAUGCUGUUUUUAUUUCUGCUUUGUCGUUGUACCUCGUUUUCGGGUCGAAACUCUUUUCUGAUGAACUUGCUGGUCUUCUCGUCUUCCGAAGCUCGCCACUUUCUACUUUUGGAUUAGGGGUUUCUGUUGGAUACUUCCUUUCGGAUCUUGGAAUGAUUUUAUGGCUAUAUCCCUCUUUAGGUGGAAUAGAAUAUGUUAUCCAUCACACGCUUUCGGGAAUUGCAGUGGCAUAUUCAAUGUUUACUGGAGAAGCGCAGCUUUAUACAUACAUGGUUCUUAUAUCUGAGGUGACAACUCCGGAGAUUAACAUAAGAUGGUAUCUUGACACGGCUGGUAUGAAGAGGUCCACUGCAUAUAUCAUCAAUGGUGUUGUCAUCUUUUUGGCUUGGCUGAUUGCAAGAGUUCUGCUAUUCGGUUACAUGUUCUACCAUGUAUACUUGCAUUAUACACAGGUAAUCAAGAUGCAUGCCUUUGGCUAUAUGUUGGUUUUCGGGGUGCCAUAUGUGUUAGCUAUCAUGAACUUGAUGUGGUUCGGAAAGAUUAUUAAAGGUGUGGUGAAGGUUUUAACAAAGAGGCAGUGAUGUCGACGGAUAGCGGGAAUAGAUGUCUAAUGUUUUUCAGGUAUCGUUCUGCCCCGAGAUUUGUACAUUUUUCUACCACUGCUGUCAUGUAUAAACCAUAGAGUAUUAAAGAAAAAGAAAAUCGAGUCUGAUCCGAUUUUUCCGGUUGAUGGAGAUGAAGAUGGAGCGUUGUAAAUGGUCCCAAUCUAAUAUAUAUUUCAAUAAUCGUUCGAGUAGUUGUCUUGUAUUGAACUGUAUACCUACACCAAAUCUUUCAAUUAUUUUGUUUUCAUGAGCACAAUUUCCUCUCGAAGUUUACAUCGAGAUUGUGAUGUUUGAACAUUUGUUG